AAAUUUCAUAAAACUACAUUCAUUGUAGAGGCAACGACUCGUUUAUAUUAUUCUUAAUAAUAAUUUUGUGAAGUGAAAAUACAAAAUGGUUGAAAAAAACGACCUGGAAUUGUCCUUCGAGAAGCACAAGGAUGAGUUGAGUUGUUCCAAUGUGAUGAAAAUACCCUAUGAGAUGCGUUGCAACUUUAUAAAGACAACGAAAAAUUGUGACAAAUUUUUGGGUGUUACAAAUUACCUCAAGUUUGUCGAGUGUAGUAAAAAGGAUACCUCGCGUAUUGAUGAAAUAUUAUCCUGUUGUGGACUGGCCGUUCUUUUCUUCUACUUGGUGCUGUUCGUUGCCAUUGUUGCCGAUCGAUUUUACAGUCCUGCUCUGAAGGCAACAGCGAAGAAAAUGCAUAUGAGCGAGCAUUUGGCUGGUGUAACCUUGCUGGCCGUUGGCAACAGUACCUCUGACUUUUUGGGUCAAAUGCAGAGCACACAUAUAGAUCAGGUAUUCACGUAUAUGAUGGCGAAUGCCAUACUCGUCACACUCAUCUCUGGCGGACUCGUUUGCUAUCUGUGGCCCACCCAGCUGCCCAAGUAUGAGACUGUUCGGACUCUUCUAUUUUUUAUGCUGGGCGCCGUUUCUGUGGAGUAUAUGUACACAACAGAUUCCAGUAUAUCGGUGAUCGAAUGCUCUUUGAUUAUCUUUUUAUAUAUUGUCUAUUUGAUUAUCGAAAUUAUCGAGGGAUAUAUUGAAAAAGUUGCUGACCGUGGCAUUGUCAUCCUGGAGUCGAGGAUGCAAUAUUCACAUGCUCCUCGAUCCCCAAGAUCGACAUCCAUUCGUCGCUCCUCCACAUCGUUCAGUUCCAAGGAAAAGGAACGCAACACCAUCAACACUCAGGCCACACGAAUGGUGGACUAUCGCGUGGCAAAUCCAAAGAACGAACUGCUCCUCGAAGGCUUCGUAGAGACUAUACAGCCUAUCGAAGAAGAGUAUUGGCGCAAUUCUGGAUAUGCCGUACGCGUUGCUCUGCUCAUACUUGCCCCCUUGGUGUUCUUUUGCAAGUUGCUGAUGCCGAUUGUGAAUUUGGAGAGCAGACGCCACGGCUGGUCAAAGCUGCUCAACUGCAUCCAAAUCGUAAUCACGCCGCUGUUUGUCACCGGUGUGGUGUCAAUGAGAUUUUCACUCGUAAUGUGCUUUCAACUUUUAAUAACCGUUCCGGUUGCUUUGGCUGUAUUCAAAAACUCCCGCACGGAUUUGCCACCGCCUUAUCACUUUGGUUUCGUCAUCCUUAGCUACGUCGGAUCCAUUCUGUUGCUCUACAUUUGCACUAACGAAAUGAAUGAAAUAUUGAAUGUGGUUGGACUAGUUUUCGGAUUGUCGGCUGAAUUCAUUGCCUCUACCAUCAGUUGUUGGGGCUCCUCGAUGUGUACGAUUGUCAUCAACUGUGUUCUCGCUCAGCAUGGCUACGGUGCCAUGGCCAUUGCCGCCAGUUACGCUGGUCCCUAUUUCAGUUUUAUUAUGGCCAUGGGAUUCGUACCCGCUUAUCGGCAUGUUUUGGGCACUUACAGUGGCUCGGCUAACGGCUUUUAUCUGGUUGCUUAUGUCUUUCUUAUUAUCUCUCUAUCAAGCUCCUUGAUUUGGUCAUUGCUAUUCAAUUUCUAUGGACGUCGCUCGGUUGGUAUCUACAACUUUAUAAUCUACAUGCUGUACAUUAUUUAUUGUGCUCUAUGCGAAAUGGAACUAAUACAUUCUUAUGCUCUGGACUCUGAAAUCAAAAUUGUCUAAGGAUUAGCUGGACUUUUAUACAACUCUUUACAAUAUACGACAUAUUAUAAGCGUGCUUAAUUGUUGAGUAAUAAA